AUGUCCCUCACCACCGCCUUCCCUUUCCAUGCGUACGUGGGCGACCUGCGCACGCGCACCGUCCACGAGCGCAAGAGCGGCGUCUCCCUCUCCCUCAUGACCUCUGAGGACAUGGCGCGCCUCGCCUUUGUGGAGGUGCGCGUGCGCUGCGGGCAAGAGGAUCGGCUGGCGCCAUGGACACCAGCUGUGCGGCGCGAUGGCACGCACGCCACGUUCUACGACACACGCAUGGGAAAUUUCGACGCACGCACGUUCCCUCCGCAAGCGUGCUCGACGUGUUGUAACACGCUCAACUCCAAAUACGGCAACGAGCGCUGUCAGGGCCACUACGGGUACAUCAGUAUGCCGCGUCGCUACCCGAACGACCCGAACCGGUCACAGGAGCGCCUCAGCGUCAUUAACCCGCACCUUGCCCAGGAGGUGGAGCAGCUGCUGCAAGCCGAGUGCUUCUUCUGCCACCGCUUCCGUGUACCUGAGUUUGACGUGACGCGCUACCAGCAGGCACUGCGCCUCGUCGAUUCCGGGUUGAUUGGCGAGGCGCUGCGGUUCCUCGACAUGGUGGCGAACGCACACGGGCAGGACAUGCGCAGUCGACGCCGUCGUGACGCCAACGAGACCGUCAUCAACGACAUCCCUCUCAUGCUGGAUCACGUCGAUACGCUGCUGCGCCGCCGCGGAGCCGCUGCACCGCCUCUGCCGGGGGUCACGUCAGGCGAGGCGGGUGCGCACGGCAACGCCAAUGGGGACGCCGGCGCUGCUGGCGCGUUGACGCACGUGGAUGGCAGCGAUGACGGCUUCCGCAAGCCGGUCCUCGACGUCCGCAAUGAGAUCUGCAAGCAGGCGCUGCGCAGCUUCCGCGAGUUUGGCAACGUGUGCUCGCACUGCCAAGGGAUCUCGCCUCGCAUCACGACGAAGAACGGUCAUCUCUUCUUCUUCUUCAACAAGAAGAACGCCGACUUCAACGUGGCGAACGGCGGGGUGACGACGGCGCAGCUGCGGGAAUGGGAGGAGAUGAACCGUCGCCAGGGCCGCAGUCACACGUACUUCCGCACGUCGUGGGUGCGAGAACACAUCAAGCAGCUGUGCCAGCGCGAGUCCGCCAUUCUCGCGGCUCUCUUCCCGCAUCUCGGUGAGGCCACCCUACACAUGCCGUACGCCUGCUCGCUCCCGUCGAUGUACUACUACAAGGUCUUCUUUGUGGACAAGCUGCUCGUGCCGCCGCUGCCCCUGCGCCUGUCCUCGGGCGUGCAGAUCUCCGAGUCCGGCGGCAUCAUCCCCGAUACCGGCACACGUGCCCUGUCUGACGUGCUCGAGUUCGUCGAGCAGAUCGAGGCGUACUACGUCCUCGCGAACAACUCGACCCCAGAGCGCAACCUCGUCAGCGCAGCGCAAGAGAUCGCGCAGGAGCACAACCUGCGGAACCUGCAGGCCAAAGUGACGGAGGUGUACACGGAUGUGCUGGAGGGCUUUGCGAAGAAAGAGGGCCUGUUCCGCAUGCACAUGAUGGGCAAGCGUGUGAACCAGGCGUGUCGUAGCGUCAUCUCACCCGAUUACCUGGUGGAGCCGAACGAGGUGCUGCUGCCCCGCCCCUUCGCCCGCGCGCUGACAUUCCCGGAGCUGGUGAGCAGCUACUCGCCAGCGCGCAUGAUGUUCCUUAAGCGGUGUGUCAUGAACGGCCCGGAUGUGUACCCGGGCGCCACACACCUAGAAAUUGGCCUGCCGAGCGGCGAGACGCGCUUCGUGGACUUGCACGUGCCGGAGCUGAUUCGGCGGCAGCACGCCAUGAAGUACUUCGCGAUGGCGCAGAACGGGUCCCUCACGGUCCACCGGCACAUCCUCGAUGGCGACCACCUCAUCUUCAAUCGCCAGCCGACCCUGCACAAGGUAUCCAUGAUGGCGUAUCGCGCCAAGGUGCUGUCCGGGCUGAAGACGCUCCGCUUCCACUACGUCAACGGCAGCUCGUACAACGCCGACUUCGACGGUGAUGAGAUGAACAUUCACGUUGUGCAGAGCCUGGAGGCAAAGGCGGAGCUCGAGUGCCUGAUGGACGCCAACCUCAACUACCUCGUCCCGACGUCCGGCAAGCCGAUUCGCGGCUUCAUUCAGGAUCACGUGGUCGCCGGCGUGUUGCUGACGCUCCGCGACAAUUUCCUGCCGCAUCACACCUUUGUGCAGUUUGUGUACAACGGCAUCGCGCCGUACAUGCAGAAGCAGGGCAAGCCGCUCAGCGCGCUCGCAACGCUAACGGAGCUGAUUCCGGUGCCUGCGGUGCUAAAGCCGCGUCCGCUAUGGACGGGCAAGCAGCUCAUCUCCGUGAUUGUGCACUACGUGACCGGCGUGGUGGAGAGUCGUGGCGGCGCGCCCAGGAGUAACGGCGUCAGCAUGCACGGCACCUCCCUCAUCCAGCCGAGCACCUACACCACCACCGACCCCCACACCGGCGAGCUAGUCACUGCGUCACGCAAGUGCAUGGAGGACGAUCACGUGCAGUUCUUUGAGAGCGAGCUCAUCACCGGCAUCCUAUGCAAGAACCAGCUCGGCUCCAGCAACCUCUCCGUCGUGCACGUCAUUCACGAAAUCUACGGGCCGCACAUGGUUGGCGAGCUCUUCGGCGCGCUCGGUCGCGUGUUGUCGAUGAGCCUGCAGCGCGAAGGCUUCUCCAUUGGCAUGGAUGACAUGAUCCUCUUGCAGGAAGAGCGGCGUACGGCGCUGCUGCGCGAGCUGGACAGCGCGCCGCUCAACCUCCCCGACGACGAGGCGAGGGUGAUGCCCGUGAUCAUGGGGAUGGCGACAAGCCUCCAGAAAGAAUUCGUGCCGGGGCGCAUGCUGCGGCCUUUUCCACACAAUCAGCUGCUCACCAUGACCAUGUCCGGUGCGAAGGGCAGCAACACGAACGCGAUUCAGAUGUCGCUCGGUCUCGGCCAGCAGCUCUUCGACGGACGUCGGGUGAAGCGCAUGAACUCGGGCAAGACGCUGCCGCCGUUUUUCGUCGCGGAGAAGCGAGCCCGCUCGCUGGGCUACGCGAUCGGCCGCUUUACCUCCGGUAUUCGACCGGCAGAGUACACCUUUCACGCCAUGGCCGGCCGUGAUGGGCUCAUCGACACGGCCGUCAAGACUUCCCGCUCUGGUCACCUGCAGCGGUGCCUAGUCAAAGGCCUGGAGAGCCUCGUCGUGCAGUGGGACCACUCCGUGCGCGACGCCAACGGCAGCGUCAUCCAGUUCCUCUACGGCGGCGACGGGCUCGACCCGAUGCGGACCUCGUCCCUGCAGGCGUGGGAGGUAGUCAAGGACAACUGCAUCGACCUCGGUCGAAAGAUGAACGUGAACACCGGCGUGGUGACGGGCGAGGAAGCGGCCGAGGAGGCGGCGUCGCGCAACAGCCAGGGCAAGCGCGAGCGCGCCCACGAGGCGGCCGCGGCGAUGCGUGCGGCGCAGCGUGCGUUGCUCGAGGCGGAGGCACAGCGCGACCCACUCCCCGCCCACUGCAAGGCGAGCCUUGGCACGUACCUGGAGACCAAGGCGCAGUAUCCUCUCUUCAAGAAGGUUUCGCAAGUCGCGCGGUGGGUCAAGAACGGCGUCCUGAACGAGAAGCUGCGCGAGAAGCGCGAGGAGAGCAUCCGGUACUACCGCGACGUGAUGACGGAGCUCACGACGCGGCGGCGGGUGCGGGCGUACUGCGACGCUGGAGAGCCAGUUGGCCUCCUGGCGGCGCAGGCCGCCGGUGAGCCGUCAACGCAGAUGACGCUCAACACUUUCCACAGCGCCGGGUCAACCGUGACGCACGUGACGGAGGGAAUCCCGCGCCUGCGUGAGCUGCUCAUCUACGCGUCUGUGCAGAAGGUGGCCAUUGUGGUGCCGGUGGAGAAGGCGACGGAGGUGGACGAGGAGGCAAUCUCGCGCAUUCUGCAGGCCGGCGUAGCGACGCGGUUGACGGACUGCAUGGCCCGCGUACCUGCUGCUGUCACAGCGGGUGCGGACAGCGGCGCAGCGGCGAGGGCGCAGACGACGCCGGGGUACCACUAUCGUGUCACCCGCAGCGCUGAGGGCACACAGGUGACGGUGGCACUUCUCUUCUCGAAGACGCUGCUUAUGCAAAAGCAGCACGCCAUGUGCAUGUCGACAGCCGAGCACCUUCAGUCCUUUACGCAGACUCUGAAGAACUUUGCACGGCAGGUGGUGACGGCGCUGCGGGGUCGCUCGAAGGACGAGCGCGAAGGCGCCGGCGGGCCGCUGCGUGGGACAACGCAAGACCCGUCUUCCCAGAUGGACGACGGCACCGCCGCGGCCGGCGGCGGCAUGAGUGACAACGAGGACGACAUGGACGAGCGGUCCACGCAGAUGAACACACCGGCGCUCGGGGCCGCCUCGGCGCCGUCCGUCGCCGGCAGCGAGCUUGGACGUGACGACAUGAUCCCGGAAAGGGACGACAACGGCGGCAGCAGCGGCAGUGACGAGGAUGAUUACGACGAGGCAGUGGACGCGGCGGACAGCUCGCGGCGGCGCAAGGGCGGCAAAGGCAACAGCCCCCUGCGCAAGAAGUCUCGAGCAGAGGAAGACGACAACGAGGAGGAUGAUGAGGACGUCAAUGGAUUGUUCUGGAAGAGCUCCAGCAACGGCGGCACCAACAGCGAGGCGGCUGCCGCGGCGUCCGGCAAGGUGAGCUACGACUGCUUUCCUACGGUGUGCGUCAUGUACGGCAACAAGAAGUACCGGGUAGAAAUCGCGCCGCUGCUGCGGGAGGCGGCCACCCGCGACGGGGUCGUGCCACUACCGGAGGAUCUCUUUGUAGUGAACGUGUCGAUACAGACGUCGGACCAGGUGGUCACCGUCAUCCCGGAUGUGCUCGAGAGUGCCCUGGCGCAGCAGACGUUCCCGUCGUGGCUCACGCAGUUCGACUCCGUCACGUACACUCGCAAGGCUGAGGACCCGACGAGUGGAGAGAUGGUGUUCCAGGGCAGUUCGGCGACGAUCCGCAGUGUGACGGCGUUCCUCGCCCUCUUCACCGUCCGCGCACGCGCCAUCAAGCUGCAGAAGGCGCGGUCCACCGACAUCCGCGACAUGUGCACCUCCUUCGGCGUGGAAAGUGGCUACACAGCUCUCUUCGAUGAGCUGGAGAAGCUUUUCAAGCGCUACUCCGUCGACUACCACCACCUCACCCUCAUCGCCGACGCAGCGACCCACCGUGGCGUGUGGGAGAACUACAACUUCACCGGCGUCAUCUCCCAUAGCGCCAGCCCGCUCUUCCAGAUGACGUUCGCGUCGUCCAAGCGCUUCCUGCACACGGCCCUGACGCGUGGCAUCGGCGACGAGCUGAACUCCAUCAGCUCGGCCAUCAUGGUCGGUGAGCGGCCUCGCGUCGGAACGGCGCUCGUCAAGGUGGGCCAGGACCCGCAGAUCUUGCGCGAUGUCAUUGAGAAGAACUUUGCCUGA